UACCUAAUUUUUCUCCUCCUCCAAACGUAGUGUUAGGCGUUCAAUGGUCCAGUAGAUUGAAAAAAGAGCCAACUAUCCUUCAAAAAGGUCGCUGGCCAUCUACCACGUUAAUCGUAAUUAUGGAAGAUCGUUCCUUCCUUCAACUACUAAACCAUUAUUAAUUUAAUAUAUAUACUCUCUUUUAACAAUCUACCUCACCACGCUUCUUCUCCUUCUUCACUCUGCAGCUCACUCACCUAGAGCUACUCACGACGCCCUUUCUUAAGCAAACAAAUGGCUCUGAAAUCCUUUAUUCAGGUACAUCCCGAUUCUCACUUCCCUAUCCAGAACCUUCCCUAUGGAGUUUUCAAGCCUCAACCGACUUCGCCGCCUCGACCCGCUGUUGCAAUCGGCGAAUACGCUCUGGACCUCUCCGAGAUUGCUCUUGCCGGCCUUUUCGACGGUCCGAUUCUCAAAGGCUCCGAUUGUUUCCUUCAGCCUAACUUGAACAAAUUUUUGGCCAUGGGAAGGCCGGCGUGGAAGGAAGCUCGUGCCACACUUCAAAAGCUAUUGUCUUCUACUGAACCUGGAUUGCGUGAUAAUGAAAGUUUGAGGCAGAAAUCACUUUUGCCAAUGAGCAAGGUGGAAAUGCUUCUGCCUGUUGCCAUAGGGGACUACACGGACUUCUUUUCUUCGAUGCACCAUGCAAAGAAUUGUGGAACUAUAUUUCGUGGACCGCAGAAUCCUAUUCCAGCAAACUGGUUCCACCUUCCUAUUGCAUAUCAUGGACGAGCAUCAUCUAUUGUUAUAUCUGGAACAGAUAUUGUGAGACCAAGAGGUCAAGGCCAUCCAGCUGGAAAUUCCCCACCUUAUUUUGGACCUUCCAUGAAGCUAGACUUUGAGCUAGAAAUGGCUGCUGUUGUUGGCCCUGGAAAUGAACUGGGUAAAGCUGUGGAUGUUAAUGAAGCAGGAGAUCAUAUAUUUGGACUUGUAUUAAUGAACGACUGGAGUGCUAGAGAUAUUCAAGCUUGGGAAUAUGUGCCUCUUGGGCCUUUUCUUGGAAAGAGCUUUGGUACUACAAUAUCCCCUUGGAUUGUAACACUUGAUGCUUUGCAGCCUUUUGCUUGUGAUGCCCCCAAACAGGUCCAAAUUAAACCAGCAGGACAAGAGGAUCCAUGUGUGGUCACAAGAAGUAACUUCAAGAACUUGUAUUGGACAUUAACUCAACAGCUUGCCCACCAUACAAUAAAUGGUUGUAACCUAAGGCCAGGCGAUCUGCUUGGAACUGGGACAAUCAGUGGACCUGAGCCAGAAUCUCUUGGAUGCUUGUUAGAACUAACAUGGAAUGGACAAAAACCAUUGUCAUUAAAUGAAGCAGCACGAACAUUCCUAGAAGAUGGAGAUGAAGUCAUUUUCAGUGGUUAUUCUAAGGGAGAUGGCUACAAUGUUGGGUUUGGAACAUGCUCUGGAAAAAUUCUUCCAUCACUUCCAUGUUGAAAUUGCUGUUCAUUGUCUGUUGUGUUUUCUGUAAAUCCUUUUCUUCAAUUUUCAAUGUUGUUAAUGAAGCUCAUAUCAAACUGUAUGCUGUUUAAUUGCCAAUAACUGUUUGUUGAAAGCCAAAUUGUAUGCCUACAUGAGGAUGACAACUUUGUAGUUAUGCAUGCUGAAAUGGUUGUGACCAUUAUAUUUCUUA